GACGGCCAUGACACCCUCUUCACCCCGUCAGAAGUGGAGGCCUUGAGCUCGCUGUCCGUGGACCGCAGCGUGGCCAAGAGCCUGAACUGCAGCGUGCGGCUGGUCCGCCUUGAGGAGCUGCACAUGAGGACCCGACCAGACGAGAAGCCGUACGGGUGCGACCAAUGCAAGAAGAGCUUCAGUCAAAGUGAACACCUGAAGAACCACAUGAGGACUCACACCGACGAGAUGCCCUACGGGUGUGACCAAUGCAUCAGGCGCUACAGAUGGAAAGAUUCCCUGAGGAUCCAUAAAAUGACUCACUCCGGGGAGAAGCCCUACAGGUGUGACCUAUGCACGAAGCGCUUCAGUCAGAAAAGCAAGCUGAAGAACCACAUGAAGACUCACACCGGGGAGAAGACCUACAGCUGUGACCAAUGCACGAAGUGCUUCAGUCAAAGUGAACACCUGAAGAGCCACAUGAGGACUCACACCGACGAGAAGCCCUACAGGUGUGACCAAUGCGCAAAGCGCUUCAGUUAUAGCUGCUACCUGAAGAACCACAUGAGGACUCACACCAGGGAGAAACCCUACAGCUGUGACCAAUGCACGAAGAGCUUCAGUCAGAAAGGCAACCUGAAGAUCCACAUGAAGACUCACACCGGGGAGGAGCCCUACAGGUGUGACCAAUGCACAAAGCGCUUCAGUUAUAGCUGCUACCUGAAGAACCACAUGAGGACUCACACCAGGGAGAAACCCUACAGCUGUGACCAAUGCACGAAGCGCUUCGCUCAGCAUGGCACCCUGAACGUCCACAUGAGGACUCACACCGGUGAGAAACCCUACGGGUGUGACCAAUGUAUCAAGUGCUUCAGAUGGCAAGAUUCCCUGAGGAUCCACAAAAUGACUCACUCCGGGGAGAAGCCCUACAGGUGUGACCAAUGCACGAAGCGCUUCAGUCGAAAUGAAAGCCUGAAGAACCACAUGAAGACUCACACCGGCGAUAAGCCCUACGGGUGUGACCAAUGCACGAAGCGCUUCAGUCGAAAUGAAAGCCUGAAGAACCACAUGAAGACUCACACUGGCGAGAAGCCCUACGGGUGUGACCAAUGCACGAAGUGCUUCAGUCAGAGCUACUAUCUGAAGAUCCAUUUGAGGACUCACACCGGCGAGAAGCCCUACAGGUGUGACCAAUGCACGAAGCGCUUCAGCCAGAGCUCGUCCCUGAGGAUCCACAUGAGGACUCACACGGGGGAAAAGCCCUACAGUUGCGACCAUUGCACAAAGCGAUUCGCUCAGCAUGGCGCCCUGUACGUCCACAGGAAGACUCACACCGGCGAGAAACCCUACAAGUGUGACCAAUGCACAAAGCGCUUCAGUGAUAGCUACGCCCUGAAGAUCCACAUGAGAACUCACUCUGGGGAGAAGCCCUACAGGUGUGACCAAUGCAUGAAGUGCUUCAGUCUGAAAGGCCACCUGAAUAGACACAUGAGGACUCACUCUGGGGAGAAGCCCUACAGGUGUGACCAAUGCAAGAUGCGCUUCAGACAGAAAGGCCACCUGAAAUUCCACAUGAUGAUUCACUCCGGCGAGAAGCCCUACAAGUGUGAUCAAUGCAUGAUGCGCUUCAGUCAGAAUUACAUCCUGAAGAACCACAUGAGGACUCACUCCGGGGAGAAGCCCUACAAGUGUGACCAAUGCACGAAGUGCUUCAGUGAGAAAGGCACCCUGAAUAAACACAUGAGGAGUCACUCCGGGGAGAAGCCCUACAGGUGUGACCAAUGCAGUAAGCGCUGCAGUCGGAGAGAUGUCCUAAAUAUCCACAUGAGGACUCACUCCGGCGAGAAGCCCUACAAGUGUGACCAAUGCCCGAUGUGCUUCAGUCACAAAAGCAACCUGAAGAUCCACAAGAGGACUCACUCCGGUUAGAAGCCCUGCCUGUUAGUGCAUUGCAACGCCAGCUACAGCGACCCAAGCAAUUUCAGUGUGCACAUGCUCAAGCACACGGGCAAUGGGGUGCUUUCACACAGGGUAACGGGGCGCUUUGAUUGAGACCUCUGUCCGGUAUGUGUCGAAAUUACUGCUUUUAGUUUUUCUUUUCAUCAGGAUUAAACACUUUCCUGCUUUUGA